AUGUCGAUGCUAAUGGCGGCCAAAACCACUUCCCUCUGCAGCAGCUUAAACCUCACGACGGCGGCUUCACCAAGAACCCGAACCAACCCUCGCGCGGCGGCGAGAUCGGUGAAUCCGACGGCGAGAAUCCAAACACGUAUCCAUCGUCUCAUCGAAGAACAAGGCAUUGUACUUAUGCCUGGUUGCUACGACGCCUUAUCCGCCGCCAUCGUCCAGCAGACCGGAUUCUCCGCCGGUUUCGUUUCCGGUUACGCUCUCUCCGCUUCUCUUUUGGGAAAACCGGAUUUCGGUUUGCUAACACCGCCGGAGAUGGCUGCGACGGCAAGGUCUGUGUGUGCCUCUGCUCCGAAUAUUCCCAUCAUUGCAGAUGCCGACACUGGUGGAGGAAAUGCUUUAAACGUUCAAAGAACUGUAAAGGAUUUAAUCGCAGCAGGCGCUGCUGGUUGCUUCCUUGAGGACCAAGCAUGGCCAAAGAAAUGCGGUCAUAUGCGAGGCAAACAGGUGAUACCAGCAGAAGAACACGCAGCCAAAAUAGCAUCAGCGAGAGACGCUAUCGGAGAUGCAGACUUCUUCCUAGUCGCGAGAACAGACGCACGUGCCACGUCUGCAAAAUCCGGUCUUGAAGACGCCAUCGCACGUGUCAACCUCUACAUGGAGGCCGGAGCUGAUGCUUCCUUCGUAGAGGCGCCGAGAGACGACGACGAGCUAAAGGAGAUUGGGAAACGCACAAAGGGUUAUAGAGUUUGCAACAUGAUCGAAGGAGGAGUCACGCCGUUGCAUACCCCUGAGGAGCUUAAGGAAAUGGGGUUUCAUUUGAUUGUUCAUCCGUUGACCGCGCUCUAUGCGUCCACUAGAGCUUUGGUUGAUGUUCUCAAGACUCUUAAAGAACACGGAAGCACGAGAGAUCAUUUGCAGAAGAUGGCUACUUUUGAGGAGUUUAAUAGUUUGGUGGAUUUAGAGUCGUGGUUUGAGCUUGAAGCUCGUUACUCAAACCUUAGAAACGCUCUUGGGACUACUAAAUCAUGA